UUACUCCCAUCACGCGCCGAAUCUAAGCAAUUGUAAACGAGAGUGGGAUUCACGCGCUUUUCGUGUUCCGUUUGCCCUAAUCGACUCUGCUCAGAGAAGACGAAGGAGAGAGAAACUUCCUCCGAUAAACCUUCCGUACAAUCCGAUCGACUCACCGGCGCCGGAUCUCUCCACGACUCGGUUGAAUCGUCCUCUCUCUGAAUUGUAUCUUGUCUUUUAACCGCGUUGACUCAGUUACGAUCACACAAUGGAUCCAAUGGAUAUAGUCGGCAAAUCCAAGGAAGACGCUUCACUUCCAAAAGCUACGAUGACUAAAAUCAUAAAGGAGAUGUUACCACCAGAUGUUCGUGUUGCUAGAGAUGCUCAAGAUCUUCUUAUUGAAUGUUGUGUAGAGUUUAUAAAUCUUGUAUCUUCAGAAUCUAAUGAUGUUUGUAACAAAGAGGACAAACGGACGAUUGCCCCCGAGCAUGUUCUCAAGGCACUACAGGUUCUUGGUUUUGGAGAAUACAUUGAGGAAGUCUAUGCUGCGUAUGAGCAACAUAAGUAUGAAACCAUGGACACACAGAGAAGUGUGAAAUGGAACAGUGGAGCUCAAAUGACUGAGGAGGAAGCAGCGGCUGAGCAACAACGUAUGUUUGCAGAAGCACGUGCAAGAAUGAAUGGAGGUGUUGCGGUUCCUCAGCCUGAGCAUCCAGAAACCAACCAGAGAAGUCCACAAAGCUAAUUGAAACCGUCCUUUGAAUCGGUAGGCAAAAAAGAAAAAAAGAAAAAGCAUCCUAUUAACAUUCCCUUGUAAGUUCAAAUGCGUAUGUCCUCUGUUUAUAUGCUCUUAGUAUAAAAUAUGUUAGCGUUUCAUGAUCUUAAAAACACCCUUGUGAUUCAGAUGUAAUUAGUAAGCAUUCCUUGUUUUGUGUUACUUGUGUGUCUUGACUAAGUAUGGUGGGUCAUGUCUAACACCAAAGCAUCCGAUUCAAUGGUUCUAUAGACGGGAAUUUGAUCCGUAACCUAAUGUUUGUACGUUGGAUGGGUUUGGUAAUGAGUGUAAUUGUCUUUCUAUAAAAGAAAAUGCUGGAUCAUUGUUUAGUGUUGA